GCAUUAAAAAGCUAGGUUUGAAAUGCUAGAAGUUAUUGCAAAGAAAUAGCUUUGAUGUCUGUUAGUUCUGUAACCAUAUCCUAAAGUAAGGUAUUAUGUGCUGUAACGUAAGUUUUCAUUUAUUCACUUUGAACGCUUAGUUCGAAUGAAGUUAGAAAAAGUUAGCGAAAAAUUGGAUAACAUAAAGAUCGCUGGAUAUAGACGAUCUCCGUAAAUAUCUAUGCUUGGCCAUCUAAUUUUACAGCCUCUGCGAAAGCCCCUGUAAGAAAAUACUUUUCUCAACAUGUCUGUAUCCCCGGAGUUUAGUUAAUUUUGUCUUAUAAAUGAGUAUGGAUGAAGGUGGUUUAAAACUGCUUGUGAAGCUUACUCAGGAGGGAAGGUUGAUCUGUCUGCAGAAACACAUCGCAUCAUGGAGCUCUGAAGCUACUGCUUCUAUCAGCGGCAAACACUUUGGACGCUCAGGAGACACUCUGCUGCACUACGCAGCGAGACACGGACACUUGGACGUUAUGAAGUUCCUAAUACAGCAGCUUGGCGCAGACGUGGAUGUAUUCAAUAAUGACUACAAGAGACCGCUGCAUGAGGCUGCAUCCAUGGGCCAUGAGGAGUGUGUCGACUUCUUGCUCCAGGGAGGAGCUAUUGUGGACAGCCUGAAGAAGGCAGACUGGACUCCCCUCAUGAUGGCGUGCACCAGAAAGAACCUGGAGGUGUUAAGGAAGCUGCUCUCCCACGGCGCAGACCCCACGCUGAGAAACAAGGAUGGCUGGAACUCCUUCCACAUUGCCUGCAGGGAGGGUGACCCUCAAGUCGUGGAGCUGCUGCUUCGAGCUGCACCAGACGUUUGGAAGAGCGAGAGCACGACGGGCAGAACACCGCUGCACACUGCAGCUAUGCACGGCUGUGAGGAGGUGGUCAGCAUCCUGCUGGAGAGAUGUGGUUACGCCCCAGACAGCACUGACAGCUGUGGAGUCACGCCGUUCAUGGAUGCUGUCAGGAACGGACACCUCCCUGUGGCCAGGCUGCUCUUAGAGAAACACCAGGCAUCUCCAGUGGCAGCUGAUGUUCUCGGGGCUCAGCCGGUGCACCAGGUGGCUGUCACUGGUCAGGAGGAGGCACUCCGUUUUCUGGUGCUGGACCUGGCUGUGGACGUAAACCAGAGAGCCACUGACAUCCAACUCACUGCGCUGCAUUAUGCUGCAAAGGAGGGCCACACUGCCGUAAUUAAAACAUUAGUGGAACUUGGAGCAGAUCUUCACGCUCGGGACAAAAAAGGACGCACCGCUCUCCACAUGGCCUGCAUUGGGCAGCAUGCAGAAGCGGUCCGGACGCUGCUGCUCCUCGGACUGCAGGACUCAGAGGACGGAUCCGGUGCAACAGCCCGGCAGCUGGCCAAGAAGCAGAACGUACUGCGAAUGUUUGAGCGUGACACGCCAGAAACACACACAGGGCCGUCGUGAAACCAAACACACGUUUUUCCAUUGUCACUUUGACGCUUUGACACUUCAGAAACAGAAGCUAUUAUGAGACAGUUUUGUGGAAUUUUCUUUAAAUAUGAGCCGAUGGUGUGAGAUCAGGUUGUGUCUCAGCACGCUCCCUUAUCUGACAGCAUCAUGACCUUCUAUUAUGCUCAUGCCGUUCCUUGGAAAGUGGAAAUACGAGAUAAAAAUAUUUAUUUAGAGGUUUGCUAUGAGUUUUUUUGCCAUAUGGCUGUGUAGACUCUUUGUAAAAAUCUCUUCAAUACAUGUUUUUUGUUUUUAAAAAAGGUUUUCAUUCAUUGAGUAAAGGUUUUCAUACACAUUUCAAACUUUGUCACAUCACAACGUUAAUGAAUUUUAGCUAUUUAAACUGACACAAAGGGGUAAAGUUUAAUAAAAAUGACUCUUGGCUGCUUUUGCAAAUAAAAACCUCCAAAAUGAA